CAGGUACCUAACACAUCAAAACAGGUACACACUAAAAACAUGCCGGACGGUAUUGCGGACUUUAGCAUUGAUGCCGUCUGUUUAUUUAUAAACCCAUGCAUAAGAGACCCUGUCGAGUUGCUGAGGUCGAAGCUUAUAAGAUGUCUAUUAAACGAAUGCUUGCAAUUCAGAACACUCAAGGGUCUUAAAUGUAGACUACAAAACCACAGAUUUGUGACACCUGAGUAUAUAAAGUCGAUAUUAGCUGCAGUUGAGGAGGCGUGUCAAUUGUUCAAGCUACCUGAGUGCGCUGUUGACAUAGUUACCGAUGAUAAAGAAGAAGUAGAUUCCCCGGCUAUCUUGCCAAAACCCGAGCAUAUGGCACAUAUCAGACCUAUGGAAAACAGCUCACAUUUCGAGAGAGCACUCAUGGACUUCUUCACUCCUUUUAUAUACCACAAUGCACUAUACAAACAUUACAAUUUGCAACCGGUUGAAGAACUGCUUAUAUGUGGAGCUAACGCCAGUAAAAAAUUCAUCAGGUGGUUUAAAUCUCUACAGGCUGCUGUAAAUAAUGAUUCUUCCAAAUCUCGCGUGGAGCUGCUAAACCUCCAUAUAAUAAGGAUAGAAGAUAUUUUGUCACCUUACUUUGGUGAGAGUGAGCGGCGUUUGGCCUCGUCAUUUGGAUAUGCCAUGUCUACUGUUGGCAAAGGUCUGACUUGCAUUUGCAUAGAGGGAAUACAUCAUUUUCAAGCCAAUAAGGACGAUCUCACUGAUCUUGAUCGCAGAUUGCUGGCUACUCUACUAUUGCUGUUAGACGGCGUUUCCAAGGCGGAUACGAUAUUGCCAAUGUCCAAUGUUGACGCAAAGGCCAGAUUGAAGGGACCGCUGAUGAUAGUUGCCACCAGUGACAAGCCAUCAGAAGAACUUUCUGAAUCACUCACAAGGCCAGGAAGGCUUAGCAGGACAAUCAAUUAUACAGAUUGACCUAGAUACAACAGUUGAAAACCGACGCCGAAACUGGCGACGGUGAUUGAACUUUUCCUAAU